AUGAGGUUCAUUUUCGCGGCUUUUUGGUACAUUUUCCUUUGGGUUACCACCACAUUUGCAGUCCCGACCAGUGAUCAACUUUUGCAACAUACACUCCCAAUACCUCCCACAGAUGAUCCCUUUUAUGUCCCACCAACAGGACUUGAAAACUCUCAGCCGGGCACGAUCUUACGCAGCAGAUCAAUAGACGAUCUUUCAAUUGGAGGUGUCAUGCCAUUCCAAGUCAAGGCCGCAUAUCAACUUCUCUAUAGAACGACUGAUAGUUUGAGGGAUGCAUCAGCAGCAGUCACAACAAUCAUUGUGCCCAAAACGCGAACUCAUCGAGGGUGGAUAGUCAAUCUUCCUGAUUACGAGGGUCUUCAAUCAGCCUUCACUUCCGGUAUACAAGCUGGUCAAGCGACUCUUGAUUCUGUUCGUGCGGCUCUGUCAUCUGGGGAUUUGACUAGCAUUUCAUCUCAAGCCGAAAACUUCAACCUUCCUACGCAACCAGAGCUUAACUUCAAGGGAACUGCUUUGGGUGGCCUUGUACCGAAUAUUACAUCUGUGAUGCUCUCCUCUAACAAAGGUCUCUUCACCGGUUUGAUUCCCGCUGGAGUUAUCGGUCUCACCAAUGGUUACCCAGAAUUAAAAGAAUAUCUCCUAAAAAACCUUGUCCCAUCAACGGCUUCUAAAUUUUACAAAGCAUCACUCAAUGAUGUCCUGGCCAUCACUGGACAAAUGGGUAUAUAUGGGACCCCAAAAAUGCCCAUAUUUCUCUAUAAGGCGAUCGGUGAUGAGGUUUCGAAAGUCGAGGAUACAGAUGCUGUUGUCAGCAAGCUUUGUUCUCAAGGAGCUAAUAUCAAAUAUGCUCGUGAUAUGUUUGGGGGGCAUGCUACUGAAGCAAUCACUGGCGCGGGUGAUGCGUUUACGUUUCUUAUCGACAGGUUUAAUGGGGUUCCUAUCGCAUCUGGAUGCACGAUAAAUAAUGUCUGGACCAUUACUUUUAAUCCUAGGGCUAUUACAGCACUGGGGCCUACGAUUGCCGCUGCAUUGUUAGCGUUGCUGCAAGUCCCUGUUGGCCCUUCGGAUAUGUUUUAA